ACUUUCUGCGGACAGAUCAAGCACAGUGACCAUCGUUCUCUUCCAGCAACUGUCAUUCGUUCAUUAAUCUUCGUCUGCGACGCUUUCGACGCUCGUACGAUGAUUGUGCGGCCGCAGCAUGUACGCCCAGUGCUGCGCGCUUUUAGCACGACUGCGACCUGUCGUGGCAAUGGUGGUUUCGUCUCAAACAUCGGAAAGCAACCCAUCCAAUUCCCUCCAUCAGUAGUCCUCACGCCAUCUCCAUCCGUGUUAUCUGUCCAAGGACCGCUUGGCACGACCGAAGUCCCCUUGCAUCCGUUCAUGCAACUUAGUUUCAUCGAGCCGCAAACGCUUUCCGUGCAAGUGGAAGACCCGACACAAAAGAAGCAAAGGUCGAUGUGGGGUCUUACGCGCACCCUUAUCUCCAAUGCCAUUCAAGGCAUGACACAAGGAUUUACUACGCCGAUAUACCUAGUCGGCGUUGGAUACCGUGCGGCAAUGGAAAGUGACCCGCGCGGGAAAUUGCCUGGGUUCACUGGUCAGCGGUUGGCCAUGAAGCUAGGCUUCUCGCAUUCGGUCUAUGUGCCCAUACCGGAGCAUAUCAAAGCUGAAGUAGAGACGCCAACUAAGAUUGUCAUUAGCUGUACGGAUAAACAGAAGUUGGGGCUGUUUGCGGCCAAGGUUAGAAGUUGGAGACCGCCAGAGCCGUACAAGGGCAAGGGUAUUUUUGUCGGCAACGAGAGGGCGAGAAGAAAGAGUGUCAAAAAGAAGUAGUACCGCUUCGGCUCUCGCUCAAAACGCGCUCCUUCUGUUAUACAACGGUCUUCACCGACCUGUUUACUCCGACUCUUCGUUGUUGGACCAAGUUCUGAUCAUGGUUGGAUAAGCUACCGCAUUUCAAUCUAUCACGCUCCGCUGGUUCGCAGCCGUGUCCUCACGCAAUGCUGAUUCUACGUUCUUUGGCCGCACAUUGACGCUACGUAUCGACGCUGUUAAGUUAUAGACGCACGCAGGAGGCCGAUGGGACUAGGCCCCAAAUCAAUUUGGGGUAAGCAG